CUUCCAGCCACGGCAAUUCCACACGAGCCUAGCAGGACUAUACCCGCCCAUGGAAUUCUUCAACGACGUAGGAGGCGAUCCAUUGAAGCCAACACUGUUCGAGCUCGUGGCGCAAGAGCAGCUGAGAGAUCUCCUACAACCUGCUCUCAAAUACGUUCUAUCGGUAUUCGCUCAACGCUACCCUCGAUACCUGCUGCGCAUUGUGAACAGGCAUGAAGAGUUCUACUCUGUGCUUAUGUUCUUCGUCGAGCGACACUACCUCCGGAAAUACGGGGCAUCAUUUUCUGAGAAUUUCUAUGGGUUGAAGCGAAGACGGAGUCCGCUCUUCGAAGCAGAGCGAGCUAGAGCCGCAGUUCCAGGCAUCCUGGAGGAGGAGAAGCUGCGAGAGCGAGAGAUCCGGCGUUCGUUGAUCUUCCUCAUCGGACUUCCUUAUCUGCGGACCAAAGCUCAGGAGUACUACGAAGAUCUCGGUGGUGGAAUCCAAUCAGAGGACAUUGAGGAGAGUCUCGCUACUCGUCAAGCGAGAGCUCUAUCCGAGCAGACAUUGACCGGACGUCUGAGAAGAAUGUACAAAACGAUAUAUCCUUUCCUGAACACGACCUUCGAAGUUUGGCUUCUGGUCUGCAAUAUCGCAUACCUCUUUGAUCAGACUCCGUUCUAUCGGCCAUGGUUAUCCUGGAUUGGUGUGGAUCUUAGAAGGGUUAGCAUUCAUGAUCUGCGUGCCGCACAGCAACUACCGAAGCCAAAGCUGGAUGCAACUCAAGCUCAAAGCAUUUUUACGAGGCUUAGGCGCCUAUUGACGGCCUCACCACGCUUGCUGGUCGACUCGUUCAAUGUAAUUCUGCCCACUGCAAUCUUCUUCGUGAAAUUCCUCGAGUGGUGGUAUUCACCGUCAUCGCCGGCGCGCGCACUAUCGACCUCUCCUCUUGGCCCCGCAAUAGCGCCGCCAAAAUUAGCCCAUCCUCAUCCGCAGGGGAUACAAGUAGACCCGAAAGCCUAUGGCAUCUGUCCCCUCUGCCAUGGUGCAUUUGCCAACGCCACUGCACUACCGUCGGGUUAUGUCUGCUGUUACCGAUGUGCAUACGAGUACGUUGAGAAGCACGGUAAAUGUCCUGUGACGCUCCUUCCAGCACGUGUAUGGCAGCUGCGGAAAAUACUCGUGUAAUAUCGAUGUAGCAUAUUGCACCCGCAAUGUUGAUGUCCGCCGCUACUACGCACGUUUGUGGCGUGUGAUUGGCUGCGAC